AUGGCGCCCAAACGCAGAACAGCAUCCUCGCGACCAGUAGCCGCAAACCAGCAGUCCAAACUAUCGUUCACAAACAAGGUUACCAAGCAGGGUUCAAAACAGCAGUCUAAGGGCACCAAGGAGGAUCCAGCUCUCGUAGAGCACAUCGUACGCACAGAUGUGAAGGCAGAAGGCGAUCCAGACAUCGAAGAACCCACUACCGCUGAGAAGGCGAUCCAGCAGCAAGCAGAGGAUGAAGCAGCCUCAUUAGAUGCUGCGCAGGAUGCCCUGGAAGCGGAUGGAGAGGCGGUGACAGCAGAGGAUGUGUUGGGAGGUCGGGCAGAGCAGAGUGACAUCGGCGCUGUAGGUGGCAAGGCGUCUGGUUGGGUUGGCGACGAAGAGGAGAAGGCGCGCAAGACGACGGACACGCAGAUCAAGAAGUACUGGCGGACGAAGGAGCAGGAGAGAUUAGCGCCAAGAGUGCAUCAGGAAGACUUGACGCUUUACGAGAAGGUGCUGCGGGAAUGGGACAUGAGCGGGCAGUACGGCCCCUGCAUCGGCAUAGCACGCCUCAAGCGAUGGAAGCGCGCGAACAUGCUCGGCCUGCAUCCUCCAAUCGAAGUGCUUGCAGUGUUGCUGAAGCAGAUGGAUGCUGGGGAUACGAACUCGCAGCGAGCGCAUGUGGACGAGCUGAUGAGUUCGCGGUUUGUGGCUGAUAACUGA